GAGGUCCAGAGAGGAGCUGAACCGACGGUCUGCGGCGGCAAGAGCCUGAACACAGCAGAGAGAAUCCACAGAGAGGGAAGGAGGGAGGAAAAAACAAAGCCUUCCAGAGACGUGUUGGAGCAAAACCAGGAGGUGAAGAAACCUGUUGGAGGGAGGAGGAGGAGGAGGAGGAGGACCGCAGGGGGGGGAAGAAGAAGAAGGAAAAAGGAGCUGACAAAGAAGCCAGAAGAGGAGACGAAGCCGGAGGAGGAGGCGAGUGGAUGAACGUCUAGACGGGGAAGCUGCAGCCAGAGUGGGCGGGCGGGCGGCGGAGAGGAAGUGUGGUCGGCAGGACAGGAAUUUAAAGCCUCAUUGUUCUGGGAGCCGAGAGAGAAGACAGAGGAGCCGAGGAGCCGACAUGGACUCAGCCCUGGAGAAGAUGUCCAUAAAGCAGAAGAGCGCCGCCACCGCCGCCGUGUGCCUCGUCUGUCAGGAGAGCUGCUCUGGGUUUCAGCCACAUUCUUGGAGGAAAGCGUGCACAGCUUGCGGCCGCAGCACCGUCGAACACGCCCCCGGUGGCGACCCGGAGGACGACCAGCGGAUGGGACGCCUGCUGGCCGACUCGCCUUGCUCCCAUCUGACAGCCAAGGUCAAAGGAGGCGGCGGCCUUCGCAUGUACAAGAGGAACCGGAUGAUCGUGACGAAUCCGGUGGUGUCACGCAAAGACCCGACCUUCAACACCACGACGUACGACUGGGCGCCGGCCGGCCUCAACCAGAAACUGGCGAUGCAGUACAUGGAGCUCCUCCCAGAGAGUCGACGGCCGGUCUCGGGCACCGACGGAGCUGUGGAGCGUCGCAGGCAGCUCCUCAGCCAGCUUCCUGCCUACGAUCAGGACCCCAUGAAGUGUCUGAGCCUGGCCAGUGAGGACGAGAUUUCCUCCAUGCUGCUGUUUGUGAAGCAGUACAAGCAGGAGGCGCUGGGAGUCGGGGAGGUGGCCUUACCCGGCGAGGGUGGAGCUCUGAGGGAGGCGGCCGUUCAGAGGACGGCCAAGGAGGCCAAGAAGGAUCAGCAUCAGGACCACAGCUCGACCAACAGCAGCGCCGCCUCGGCUGCUGGUUCCACCAAUGGAACGGAUGACGACAGCAAGACUGAAUACCGGUGCACCGGUUGCCACGGUGAGGUUGCUAAGGAGAGUCCCGCUGUGUAUGCCGAGCGCGCCGGUUACCAUGACGCCCUGUGGCAUCCCACGUGCUUCGUGUGCUCCGAGUGCGGCCAGGGAUUGGCCGACCUGGUCUACUUCUGGUCCAAUCAAAAGCUGCUCUGCGGGCGUCACUACUGUCAGACGGUUUGGCCGCGAUGCUCCGGCUGCGACGAGCUGAUCUUCUGCCGGUCUUAUCUGACGGCGAAAGACGGACGGACGUUUCAUUCUCAACAUUACUGCUGCUGGAAGUGCGGACAAACCCUGGACGCGCCCUGCAAACACUGACGCACGACGUGGUGUCGAGUUAUCAGAUGUUUUAGCACUGCUCAAAAGAAAAGACAAAAAAAAAAACAGAACCAGAGGGAGGCGAAUCACAUCGACAUCAACGGUGGUAAAACAAAACCCAAACCAACACGUCAAACUGCAUGUUUAGGUGACAUAUUAGCGCUUUGAAUGCUAAAUGUGCAGCUGAUUUAUUAGUGUUUAAAAUGCUCAGAACGUUUAACUGACAGCGAAACACUCAGAGACUCGUCCGGCCGAGCCGAACCGGCGUCCGAGGCUCUUAAGAAGCUGUUCAGUUCGACACAACAGUGUUUAAAGUGCUUAGAGGAACGUCUGGCUGAUUUACUGCCACUUAACGCGGUGACAGUGACGGGAGCCAGAUGUUUCCAGCUUGGUGUGGAGGCCUGGGCCCGACAUGUGAGGAAGCAAACGGUCAAAUAAAAGGAGAAAUAUUACGGCUCACGUAAAUAAAUAAAUGAACAAACAAGUUUAAGAGCUUUCAACUGCAUCGCCAAGUUCAGGCUUCCAUUUUUAGAUCACUGUGGUGUUUGUUUUGCAGAUAUCACGAGUCUUCAAAUAAGAAAAAAAGUUAAAUAUUUCAAAUUCUACAUCAUAUAUGUACAGGACAGCCACGAGGACUGAGCAAACUCAAUGUGUUGAGGGAAAAAAUGUACUUUAAAGCUCAAUAAUUUGAUUAUUUUUAUUCGUCUGGACAGUUUUGUGCCGCUUAUCAUCAUCUGGAAGUCAUAUAUUUGAAUGUAUUUUGAAUUCUUUUCAGGCUUCAUGUGUAAAUUUAAAUUCUCAUCGUUUAAAACGGUGAAACUGCAGCUGUCCUGAAAAUAUUUGGUGUUUAAAAAGAGGUCAAAAACUAGAGCAGGGUCUACAAAAAUCGUUUUAAUCCCAAAAUUCUGCUUCAUAAUUUGGAUUUUGAAGAGAAACACUGAAAAAAAUCUCCUUCCUAUUACCUAAUUUUUGCCUGUAACUGGAGGCUCAUUGGAACAAUUAAAUUAAUGUGUCACACAACAAUAUUUACAUUUUUUUAAAAAUAAAAAAAUCAACAUUUUUCUACAUGUAAAGCAGAUUUUUUAUAUCAUUAAUGUGCCUUAUUCUUCUAUUUGUUAAAAUUAAAUUGAAGAAAAAAAAGCACAAUUGUCAUCGGUGCAGAUUGAAGCUAAAAGAAUAAUAGUCCUGCUGACUAAAACAACACUAAUUACGUGUCUGACUGUGAUGUUUUUGUAAUUAUUUGUAUGAAAACUCAAUCUUAACACCAAAAUGUUGAAAGAAUAUCCAUCCUAAAUACGUCAGGGCUGCGUUUGAUUUGCUGACAUUUAUUUUAGGCAUAAAUAAUUGUAUUGGUUGACUUAAACCUCAGAAAACUGGACAGACUAAAGGCUGAUAAAGACUAAUUAGCAAUUAAUAGCUGGAACUUUUAAUCAAUUGCCUUUUAACACUAAAAGGAGGGUUUGUUGUACUAAAUGAACAAAUAAAUUAGAUUUUGCUAACAGCAUGACAUUGCCUUCUUUUUAUUCUCCUUUCUGCUCCGUUUAAUAUUAUUUUAGGUAUUUAACCUCUUCUAUGAACAUGGAUCUCUGCUGCUGCUGCUAGCUGCUGCAAAUGUUUUGUUGUUUUUUUCCGCAAACACUUAACAAACCGUCUUUUAAACAUUUUACUUGUCAGCUAAAAGUGCAGUUACUUAGUUUGUGCUCAGAACAAGUUAGCCAGAAGUUAAAUGUGCGCUAGUCAGAAGCUAACUAGCCGCACUUUUGCUCACUAAUACGAUCCGUAUAAUCAGCUAGCUUAACGUCAGCUAACCUCUGCUUGUGUUUUUGUUUUAUUUUUAAAGCCUGAAACUACUUUUUGAACUGAUUGCUGCUAAAAAGAGAAACAAAAAGCUUUUAGUGUUGCUCAACGUUAGACAAAUACAAGAACAACGAGCUGACGAUUGGUUGCAGUUUGCGUGGAUUCUGUUUAGCCUAGCUUAGCACAAAAAAACUGGAAGUGGAGCGGAAACUGUCUGCGCCUUCAUUUGUGAAAUAGUGCACCUGUGAAUCGUGCGUGACGCAACGAGAUGUAAAUCUUUGUCUGGUUACGGUGACGAACAAGGAUUUUUUAAAAAUCUGCUCUGUCAAAAAAGAGAAAAAAGACAUUUUUGGGUAAAAUAUGCAGAAAAAAGUUUCUAGUAAAAUGUUGUAUUGUCAAAAUUGUCCUUAUUCACAUGGAGGAGUUUCCAGUUUAAUAAAAUGAUUGAAUGAA